CAGACGGCUCCUGAUCUCCCGUCUUGCUGUCGUUUUUUCUUUCUUUCUCGUUGCUUCAUCAUGCGGUUUGAAUUCUAAAGUCUCUGGUCAUGAAGACUUGAAUCCAUCAUGAUCGAGCCUUCGAUUCGAUUGCGGCGCGCAAUCCACGCCGGCGACGCCCUGCUGGUCAAGCGCAUCCUCAAGUCCCAUCCAUCUCUCCUCCACAAUCCCGAUGUCUCGCCAGUCGGCCUCUCCAACUCCAACAUGCACCUUGCCGCCUCUCUCGGCCACAAGGAAGUCUGCCAGGUGCUCCUCGAUGCCGGCCACGAAGACCCUUGUCCCGCCCUCAACGAGAACCAUCAAACUGCCCUCAUGCUUGCCUCGGGUGCGGGCCACACGGAAGUUGUCCACUUGCUGUGCGAAAAAGACUCGGGCUGCAUUCUACGAAGAGAUAUUCGCGGCCGGGAUGCCGUCAUGGAGGCCAGCGGGGGCGGCCACGAUACCAUACUGCAGCUGCUGUUGACAUAUGUCCCUGGAGGACCAUAUGAGGCAGUUCAGAGAGCUGAUUCAGAGGGAAAUACGGCUCUUCACUUUGCGAGCGGCAACGGGAAUUUGUUGGGUCUACGGACCUUGCUCGCGGCUGGGGCGGAUGUUGAGAGACGCAACAUGUGGAACUGGACGCCAGUUGCGUAUAGCGCUACGGUACAGGCGGAGGUUUAUCUCAAGGGCCUGGUGUCCGAGGUGGGAAGGCUUCAGCAGCAACAACAGAAACGGAAGCAGAGUAUCGAGCCUGUUAAAAAGAUGGCUGUUGGCAGCGUCAGGGUAGUGACUAGCGACGAGGACGAGCGUUAUGAAGUUUCGUGAUGCGAUGGAUGUUUUAUCUUUAUGAGGAAUGGCAUGGCAAACUAUACGGAUUUGUCUUGAGAUUAUGCGGGCUGCAGGCAGAGCCACGUGUGUUUUGAUAUAUUGUAUUUAUUGUCUUGAUCGUCUCGCCGGAGUCGGAGCAUAGCCUAACUACUUUUUGUCAGAGUCACAAUUUCAAUUGAGCAAUUUGACGCACAAUAAAAUCCCCCAAUUGAGCAAGAAACCUUUUCUUUCGUUAUUUUACCACAUCCAUGUUUAGUAAUC